CACAUGACAAGGGUCUGACAAUGAAGCAGGCAGCUGUAGUUUCAGUGUUUAUGGUUAUUGUUUUUGUACAAGCACAGGUGCCGCCGUUUAAAGAAACUUGUGUGACCAAUGCCUACCCUCCAUCUGAAAAAAGCCAUCUUGUUCCAACAUAUGUUCUAAAUCUUGACCUUCCACCAAUACAAAGAUGGCAGAAUUUAGCAAAGAAUAAAGGAAGUCAGAUAAAAAUGUUGCUAAAAAAGUUUAUAGAGUUUGCUGAAGACUUUGGCAAUGGGACUGUAAAUGCAGUAAUCAACUACCUCAACAAACAAGGGGAAAGCAUGGACACCACUUUACCACAACCAUAUGCUGAUGAGAUGAGAGGUAUUGCAACAGCUUCUGGACUAGGACUAGGGGAAGUAAUUAUCUACAAUUUGUUUUAUGAAGUCUUUACAGUUUGUACAUCAAUUGUUGCAGAAGACAAUACAGGAAAACUGUUUCAUGCCAGAAAUCUAGAUUUUGGAUUAUUUUUAGGAUGGGACAUGAAAAACAACACAUGGGAGAUAACUGAGGCGCUACGACCUAUGAUACUGAAUGUUGAUUACCAGAGAGAUGGGAAGACCGUGUUUAAGGCUGUACAUUAUGCUGGUUAUAUUGGUGUCUUAACUGCAAUUAAACCAGGUGUGUUUACAUUGUCGAUGAAUGAGAGAUUUGAUUUGAAUGGAGGUUUUAUCGGAAUAAUUGAAUGGAUACUUGGAAUAAGAACAGGACAGUGGAUGGGAUUUUUAACCAGAGACACCCUUCUGUAUUCAAACAAUUAUGAAGAAGCAAAGAAAAAUUUAACCAUGACACAGAUGUUAGCCCCAGCUUAUUUCAUUGUUGGUGGAAAUUCAACUGGACAGGGCUGUGUGAUAACAAGGGAUAGGGACAAGGCUGUAGAUGUUUGGAAUAUGGCAGAUGCUGGGAAAUGGUACAUCUUAGAGACAAAUUAUGAUCAUUGGAAAAACCCAUUGUUUGUCGAUGACAGGAGAACACCUGCUAAUAGAUGUAUGCAUAACAUGACUCAAAAUAAUGUUGGGUGGCCAGGGAUUUUUGAUGUCCUUUCUUCAAAACCUGUACUUAAUAAGCUUACAACAUACACAGCACUGAUGCAGGUAGAUGCUGGUACCCUGGAGACCUGGCUCCAGUAUUGUCCUGAUCCCUGUUGGCCUUUUUAGAGAACUCACAAAAAAGACUUAUAUCAGUAUUAUCCAUGUAAACCAUUUUUGAAAAAAAGGUUUUUAAGGAACAAGUCAAAAUGAUAUUAUCUUUUACAUUCCUCAUAGUGUUACAUGUUUUAUAAUUUUGUUAAUCGUUUAUUCAUUGUUAAAAUUUUUUUUUAUAUCUUAUGAAAAAUUUGUGUAAUUGGAAAGUCAAAGUAUCAUUUUAUAUAUCUUCCUUAGUUCAAAAUGUAUUUAAAACUGUGGGAGUAAAUACUAUAGGGAUGAAACUAGUUAGAAUGUUUGAUAAAAUUUACAAUCUUUUGACUUUUGAUAAACUUUAUCAGCAGCUUUUUUUUGUCUUGCCUGUGACAGCUGUCUUGUGUCCAUCUUGCUUGAUCCCAUUUUUAAUGGUUCCUGAAUGUUUUUAAAAAAACUUAAGUUUUUUGUCAUGUGAUUUUCUCACUUAUUUUGAAUUAUGAAAUAACAAUAUUUGGUAUAUGGGAUCCUUACAAGGUUUACAUGUCUGUCAGAUAGGGUUCACCAGAUUUCAUGGAUCAUUGGUCAAGGUUAAAGAAGUCAGGGACAGCUGAAACCUGCCAGUCAGACAUGUACACCUUACAAUCCGUUCAAAUAAAAUUAACCUAUUGCUUAAAGUAUCUUAGAAAUGGAUCAUUUGUCAAUGUUAAGAUUUCAUGGUUUGGUCCAUUUCUCAGAUACUAUAAACAAUACGUUGACUAUGUAUGGUAUUUGGAUUGAUUAUGAGUUGUAUUUGUCCUUCUCACAAGGUUCAUCUGUUCUCGACCUUAUUCACAAGGAUCAUUGAUUAUAUUGAGUUAUGUGAUGAUUGUUGCAAAAGUUUUAUCAAAGAGGACUUUCAACGUAAAUCAAUUAUGAUCAGUAAAGCAGCCAAGACAUUUCAGUGUGUGAGCUCUUGUUAAAAUUCAUUCUAAAAAUGUAACCUCACAUAAAAAGUGCUGAUUUUUACUAUACAGUUUGUUUCUGUACAGUUAUAAAAGUUAUAAACUGUUUAUUAUAUAUCCUGACUCAUGUUUAAACAUGCAAACUUUACAUACUAAGUCUAGUUUUGGCCUUUAAAAUAAAUGAAGUUGUCAUAAUCAUGUACUUUUAUUUAUUGCACAAAUAUGUUUUUUGCUGUUAUAAAAAGUACUCUUUGUGAUAUAAAGUGCCUGAGUGUUAUAUAUAGAUGUAUUUAUAAUGCCUGAACUUGUUAAUUGUUGUUGUUUAUGGUGCUUUUUAUAUUUCUAUUUUCAUAAUAAAAAAUCCAUUCA